AUGUCAUGCCCCGCCCCAUGCUUUGUCGGGGUGGAUGUGGGCACCGGAAGUGUUCGGGCUGGUGUGUUUGAUCCAAAGGGUCUACUUCUCGGCAGCUCAGUCUGCGAGAUUUCCGUCCACCAGCCUGCUCCCGGACAUUUCGAGCAGAGCUCUGACGAAAUUUGGGGUGCCUGCUGCACAACAGUCCAUGAAGCCUCGAAGGCUGCAGGUGAUGUGCGGAUAGGUGGCAUUGCCUUUGAUGCCACCUGCUCUUUGGUUCUUCGGCGCGCCGGGCAUUCCUCUUUGGACCUUGCGCCAGAGUCAGACACAGAGGCCACCAAUGCAACGCAUGACAUAAUAAUGUGGUGUGACCAUCGUGCCACUGAAGAGGCACGUGAAAUCAACUCAAAGGGCCAUCGGUUGCUGCAGUUUGUAGGUGGCAAGGUUUUUCCGGAGAUGGAGAUGCCCAAGCUGUGCUGGCUGAGAAAGUACAGGCCCCAAAUCUAUGCGGCUGCAACUCACUUCUAUGACUUAACGGACUAUCUUGCGCACAGAGCAGCAGACUUCCGCGAUGGUGGAGGUAGCGGUGCUGGCAUCCGAAGUCAGUGCACCGUGGUGUGCAAGUGGAAUUUCGAUGCGGCGAAGAGGGACUGGGCGCCGGAUUUCUUCGAAGAUGCGAAGGUCCCGGACCUGCGCCCUUCAAAGAUCGGGACCUCUGUUGAUGUGAAAGCGGUGGGGAGCGCUGUAGCCGGUGGCCUGGGUCCGCUAGCAGCAUCUGAUCUGGGACUACCUGAGGGCAUCACUUUGGGUGUGGGUGCAAUCGACGCACAUGCGGGGGGACUUGGAUGUUUGGCUGCGCCCUGCGAGUCAUGGCCGCCUCUGGAGCAGUGCAUGGCGUUGAUCGCGGGCACUUCGGCAUGUCACAUGGCCUCCAGUGCUACGGAGCUGCUGGUGCCGGGCGUGUGGGGACCCUUCGACUCUGCCAUGCUGCCCGGGCUCUUUCUGCACGAAGCCGGCCAGAGUGCGGCCGGAGCCGCGCUCGACUUUAUUAUGGAGACCCAUCCUGCUUUCCCCGCCCUGCAGCUUGAAGCCAGCAAGGCCGGCCAGAAGCCGGCGGACUUCUUGACCACCAGGAUACUCCAGCAAGCCAAGCAGAGAAACAUGCCUCCGGCCUUCCUGAGCCGAGGAACCUUCAUCAGUCCCGACUUCAAUGGGAAUCGGUCUCCCCUGGCAGAUCCAGCGCUCAAGGGCAGCAUUAUCGGCCUGGGCCCAGCAGGGGAUCACAAGCGGGCAACGUCUAUCGAUGCCUUGGCCAUCCUGUACCUUGCUGCCUUGCAGGGGCUCGCUUAUUCAACCAGAUCCAUCAUAGAGACCAUCAACGCCGCCCGGGCCCAAAUCGGGUCUCCCGGAAUCGCAGCUGUACAUGUGUGCGGCGGCCUGGCGCAAAACACCUUGUACUUGCAGGAGCACGCGGAUGCUUUGGGCCUGCCCUUGUGCUGCAGCGACAACCCCGGCGCAGACGUCCUCCGUGGCAGCGCCAUGCUGGCCGCCGCAGCCUGCGGCGCCUUCCCUUCGGUGCAAGCCGCCAUGCGCGGCAUGGCGAAACCCGGGCGGAUCUGGCGGCCCACGGAGGACGAGCAGCUGAGACGCUACCACGGCGCGCGCUAUGAGGUCCUGGUGCACAUGCAACGGCACCAGCAGGAGUAUCAGGCCCUGGAGUCGCACAGCUUCAAGCGUCAAAAGAGCUCGCAUGACUGA